CAGAAGUCUAUUGUCUGAUCCACACUCCAGAGCAGAAGGUGGCAGUAAUGCACCAAUGAGCUGGAUGCCAACCGCUAUGUAGCUAAUACACCAAGAAGAAGAAGCAGAAGGAGGCCAGAAGGAGGGCAGUUUGAAAGCAAAGUGGCAACUUCUGUCAACAUGUAAAUAAACCAAAUUACCUGACAAGACCAAAGUGAGCGUCCACUGUCAGUAAGAUUCUGUUUUUUGCAAAUUAGCAGAGACUAACCGUUGAUGUUUUAUUGCCGUCUUCUCGGGACUAGCUAGCUAGCUAACGUUAAAUAAACUUGGAACGCUAGCUAGCUAACGUUAUGUUCGCUGCUGCUGCUGGCUGUCUUUAACUUGUAUUUCCGCUAAAUAUUGACCCAGUGUACCUCAACAUUGGGUUAUUUCAUCGCCGUAGGCUAACACAACCUGUCAAAAUGGCGAGUGUGCAUGAAAGUUUGUAUUUCAACCCUAUGAUGACCAACGGAGUGGUCCAUGCUAACGUGUUUGGUAUCAAAGACUGGGUGACUCCGUAUAAAAUCUCCGUCCUGGCGCUGCUGUACGACAUGACUGCGUCCAAAAUCACACUGCCAGAAAGGAGACGACUUAACAAACUCAUCCUGCCCUUGCAGCAGGGUCCAGACCUGACUCUUGGCCAGUUCCUGAAGACUGUGGAGGAAUGUUGCCCUCAGACUGCAUAUGCUGUCAAACUCAGGCUGCAUGAAAUGGCAGAUGGAGAGCUGAAAGACAUGGAGUACUUCUUUUCCACUCUUCCCACUCCAUUCUCUGCUUUUGAUUCAGAGGCUUAUAAAACCAGUGUCGUGGGUCUUUUCAUGAGACACAUGCUCCUGGCCUACAACAAGCUGUCUUUCAGUCAGGUCUACAAGCUGUACAAGUCGCUGCAGCAUUACUACCACAGUCACUACGCCAAGCCUACCGAUGGCCAGGUGAGUUUACCAGUGCUGGUUGCUGACGAUUCCGACAUGGACCUCACCAGCACCGAGGAUACUGUCGGGGACAGAAUAGACCGAGAGGAGUUGGACACCCCGCUGCACGAGUCAGAGCUUCGAAAUGACAAUACUCCGAGCAGAGGUCCCCUGUCACAAAAACAAGCGGAGUACUUUCUUGCAAGACAGGCAUAUCUUCUAAAGAACGACGAGAACAAAGCCCUGAAGCCGGCUGCGCUACAGGAAGAGCUCAACAACAUGCUGAAGUUCAACCCCGAUUUUGCUGAGGCGCAUUACCUGAACUACCUGAACAGCAUGAGAGUCCAGGACAUCUUCCUCUCCGCCCACAGUCUCUUGCAUUAUUUUGACCGCCUCAUCUUGUCUGGAAGCGAGGGAAAGAGCAACGGGGACGAGGGCUACGGCCGAAGUCUCCGCUACGCUGCUCUCAACCUGGCAAGCCUGCACUGUCGCUUCGGCCACUAUCAGCAGGCUGAUCUGGCUCUACAGGAAGCUAUCCGCAUUGCCCAGGAGUCCAAUGAUCAUGUGUGCUUACAGCACUGUCUGAGUUGGCUGUACACACUGGAACAGAUGAAGGGAUCAGACAGCACUGUGUUGACUGAGGACUCAGUGAAAAUGGCUGCCCAUUUCUGCCUGCCAUACCUGGCAUCUCUGGGCAUUCAGUCUCUGGUCCAGCAGGGGGCGACACAGGGUAAGACAGCCCACAAACUGAUGGAUGCACUGAAGGACACGGACAUCCUGCACUGGAAGCACAGUCUGUCGGAGCUGAUCGAGAUCAGCCUGGCUCAGACUACGUCCAUAUGGAGGAUGUUCGGCAAGAGCACCAUGGCUCUGCAGCAGGCCCAGCUGCUUCUCAACAUGAGCAGUCUGGAGCCAGUCAACUUUGGGGUCCAGCAGAACAACACCGAGGCGUUCUCCGUGGCUCUGUGCCACCUGGCCGAGCUGCACGCUGAGCAGGGCCUGUACUGUGCAGUUUCCGAGAUUCUCCAGCAUCUGAAAGAACAGUUCCCUCCUCACUCGCAUCAUGCCAAGCUCUGGAUGCUGUGCGAUCUGAAAAUCCAGUUUGAGAGACAUAUGAACGAAGGGAAAUACCAUUUGGCAGAGCCACUAGUCACGGCGAUCUCUGCCUUAAACAAAACAGAAGGUCUCUACAGGAAAGCUCAAGUUCUGAAGGCUCUGAACCGGAGCACUGAGGCGUACAGCAUCUUACAGCGGCUGCAGGUGCACUGUGAGAAGACUAAACGUACCGAGGUGGUCAUCAGAGUUAUGCUUUCCACCGCUGAGCUCCACUGGGAGUCGUCUGGCUUCUCCACAGCUCUUCCUCUCCUCCUGCAGGCCUUGGCUCUGGCUAGACAGCACCACCUUCAGUCCCUGGCCUCAGAGACCAUCCUCCACCUGGCCUUCACUCAGCUGAUGUUGGGGGUUCCUGAGCACGCUCUGAGUGUUCUGCAUGAAGCCAUCGAGCCCGUUCUGGCCCACGGAUCGCUCAUGGACAAGGGCCGAGCCCUGCUGCUGACGGCCCGCUGUCAGAUGGCGGUGGCUGGGUUCAGGCCAAAUGGACAAGCGCGAGCAGAUUUGCAUUUGGUGGUUUUGGCUGUCGACACGCUAAAUGAGGCAGCAGCCUAUUUCUCCAAGCUGAACUGUAAGGAGCGGCUGCGGGACGUCCACUACCUGCAGGCCCAGCUCCACCGCUCCCUGGGGCAAACCUCGCAGUGCAACAAAAGUGCCAUGCUCUUCCGGCUGCUGGACCAGGAGCUGCAGUCACCAGCCCCGCCGGUCUCCAUGCGACUGUAACUACUCCCCUGUCCCACAACAAACUCGACACAAAGGACACAACACCUCCUCUAACCACUAGAUGGUGACGAAGAUCUGUCCUGCUCCGUCAGCACUAAAGCAUUUCGUUCCACAUUCAGAGCAAUUGUGGAACUCUUUGCACACAAUGCCUGGGUAAUAAUCAUUAGACAGGACAAUGUCAGUAGUCAUAAACAAGGCUGAGUUACCAGUAGACCAAGAAUAGAUCGGUUGUCUCUUCACUCAUGGUCAGGUAGAUUUGAAUGAUGGCCUGAUGAUAAACAUAAUGUGUUGUUUGUUUUUUUUUUUUUUUUUUUUUUUUUUUUUUAUAAAUACUUCCAACAGUCCAGGUCUGUCAGACAGACAUAACAUGUCUUGCGACAGCGUGGUAGAAACAUGGAAGGUUUAUCAGGAGCUGUCUCCGCCGUGCUGAUUUAACCACCUCCUUUUGAUGGACGAGGGUAAUAUCACAGUUAGCUACAAGAUGAAUGUGUUUCAGUGGCCCCGAUGAUUCAUAUUUUGCCAGAAGAAUACAGAUGAAGCGGGAAUCCGGAGGAGGAAAUCACUAUCAUAAUAGACCCACGAUCACAUAACACCAGAUACUGUUGCUGUAUUCCGCUAAUGUCCGACAUGAUUUUUGGCUGAUAAUAUUACAUUUCGGUGUCCUGACGGGCCUGUGAUCCAUUACCCGCUGCACUUCUUUCAAGAAAAUAAAUGACUUGCUUUUU